AUGGCGUCCUUCACACGCCCACUCGUCAUCUCAGGUCCAAGCGGUGCAGGCAAAAGCACCCUGCUCAACCGUCUCUUCACCGACCAUAAAGACAAAUUCGGGUUCAGCGUUUCCCAUACAACUCGAAAACCACGCGUCGGCGAAGAAGACGGCAAAGCAUACCACUUCGUAGACAAAGAAGCCUUCCUAAAACUACGUAGCGAAAAUGGCUUCAUCGAAACUGCCGAGUUCGCCGGUAACUACUAUGGGACGAGCAAGCUUGCUGUGAAGACUGUUCACGAUGAAGGACGAAGAUGUAUCCUCGAUAUUGAAGCUCAAGUGAAUUUCUUUCGUGAACUAGAAUUAAAAAAACUGAAUGCUCAUUCUUUCUAUGGCGUCCGACAAGUAAAAAACACAGACCUCAACCCCGUAUACUUAUUCAUCUCCCCACCAAACAUGAUAACCCUCCAAAGCCGACUCGCAGGACGAAACACAGACACUCCCGAAGCCAUCCAAAAACGCUUGAAAACAGCCAUCGAGGAAAUCGAAUACGCGAAAACCGGUGCUCAUGAUAUAAUUAUUGUCAAUGAUAACCUUGAAGAAGCAUAUAACAAGUUCGAGAGGGUUGCACUUGGCGAGGAGGUCGAGUCGGACGUUUUACCGGAUAUGAUAAUCGAAGAGAGCGAGCCUGAAGUUAACAACGUGGAAUUGAACGGAGUAUCCUCGAUACCCAACCAAAUUGAAGAAACUCGUGUCUUAUGA